GCCAACGAACGUUUUGCAAGAUGCAAGAUUCGCAUCUCGCGGCGAGGGAGCCCUCGUCGUGAGCGUCGGACGGACUCUGACCACUCCGACGUAGUGUGUAGGCCGGGGCGCGCAUUACGUAAAGCCGUGGAAAAAUAAAUUGCGGGGAAAGAAGGGAAAGUGUAGGCGAAGGGAGACGACCACCUUCUCUGUGUGUGCACACGUCACGAUGAGGAGAGCAUCGUUUGAUAAGCACGCCAACGCCAAGCGCAACGUUCUGAGCAACACGUCGUACGGGCUUACCUGCACCAAGGAUGUCGAGUACAAACGCGGCAGCGUGAACUACAAUUCCCUGCAGCAGGAGAGAAAUUAUCUACAGCGCAGCGUGUCCGCGGACAAUGUUGUAAUACGUUCGCGCGGUUACAAGCCCUCCGACAGACACGAUCCGGUCAAAAGGAACUUCCUCGAGAAUCUCACUUCAAGGAUAUUGCACUUCGGCAUGGAGAGCGGCGAGACUACCCCCCCGAUCAACCUGCAGAAGUUGCUCACCCCGGCGUCGGACUCUCAAGAAAUGUUGCAGUCGAGAAGUAGAAAAAUGUUCGCGUCCUCAUACUUUUACGCGCCGACGCAUCCUACGGUUGAAGAUCAGGUGGAACUUGCACGUCGAAUAUCGCAUUCACUGAGCGACGUGAAGAACAUGAAGAGCAAAGGACAGACCAUGUACGUGAACAGGAAAAAGCGAUCCGUUAAGUGGAUCCACGAUGGCAAUGGAGUUGAAGACGAAGAGGAAUCGACCAUGCCGGCUCAUAAGGACAAACUGCCCCUCAAGUGCGUGAUGAAUCCGUGCGGAAAGGUGCUAGAUAUUCACGGUAUUCAGGCGUUAGGCGAGGAGGUGAAUAUCGCGCCGGUGCCGAAGAAUCCCGAGAAGCUCUUUGACAUCGUUCGCGACUUGAACAAUCAGAGAGGACGCGGUGCCGAGAUAUUUGCGAAACGUAGGAAAAGGUCGGAAAAGUGGGUAGUGGAUCAAGAACAACCGCAAACCCCGAGCACUCCCGCCACGCCAAAAACGCCGAUGUAUUCAGAAAAACCGGAAAUUAACGGUAACGCCAAGUUCAUGACUCCAACAUCGUUGACACCUCGCACGCCGGUGACAAGUAUCGACAAGUCGUUCUACAAUCCUUUCACCGUGGACAUCUCCCUCGACAACGCAAAUUUACCGAUAACAGAUAGACACCGAUCAUACUGCAACGCCAACCGAUGCGGUCACUCGAGCGAGGUAAAAAAGAUCUAUCUGCGGGAGAUCGCGGUCGGCACUGACUCCGACUUCCCUCUGAACCAGUCUCGAUCGCCUAUCGUCGAAAAAUCUCGACGUAUCGAAUCCACUAACGACCAUCGCGACAAUAUCGCUAGUAAUCAUCGUGCUCUCGCUAUUAAUAGUAGCAGGUAUACUAACAACAACAGUAAUAGCAAUUAUCAAUUGUCACGAAAAUCGACCAAUUUUUAUGACGCGCGUAACAACAACGAGAGAGACGCGAGGACGCAGCGACGUUUUGACAACAAGCGCAACGACAGUAUGAUCAACAAUGAGAUCGGCAAUAAGCAACGGAACAACGGUCAGGCACAAAACGACAACGAGGAGAACGGAUAUACGUCCGUGCCGGUGAAGCAAUUGAUACAGGAAUUCGAGAAGACCUGCAGACCGGUUCUACAGUAUAAACAGAUCAGUCCGAAGAUCAUUCCGAUUGUGCAACAGUGCCCAUUAGAUAACGACAUAGCGCGUUUCUUCGAGACGAGAAAUCCCGCUGCUAAGUGCAGCAACGAGGAUGAGGAGUACGCACGCGCGCGCGAAAGUUACCAAGGUCCUCUCGUGAAAGCGCAAUCCCAACACAACGGCCGGCUGUACGACACGCGCGAAAACUACGAGAGAUCCGCGAAACCGCGGGCCCAGUGCAACAGUCGAUUAUAUGACAUACGCGAGAGCUACAUCGGGGGCUCGGCGAAGCCGCAGACCCGAUGCAACGGGUACAUCUCCACGGAUGAGAGCGAGUACACGACGGACGAGAGUGACUCCGAGGCAGACGACUACCAGGAUACGGGUUCACUCGAACGCGGCGAUUCCGCGCCAUCUGCGCUGUUCAACUACUGCGACAGCGAGUACUCGGUAGCGUACGACGACGAGUACGCCGCCCGACGUCGCUCGGCUACCUCGCAGGAAUUGGAGGCCCUUUGCGCGAACAGCGACCCGAGAUUCGUCAACACCGAAGCCGAGAUGCCAGCCGAGGCAAAGUCGCUAAUGCUCUCGAUGCUUGCCUCGCAGGAGGACAUACUUGAGACCAAGAAGCACUUGCGUAACACACCGGUGUUGGACAAUCUUUUGGGCACCGCCACGCCAGAAUGCAAGCUCAGUGAUAUUAACCCGGAAUUAGAUAACAAGUUGUACGAGAACAACAACUACACCGGCCCCAAAUUAGCCAGUCUCCAUAAUUUAACGAACUACAACACAGCACCGCGUGGAUGGAAUCAAUCCUUCACAUUCUAUCGACCCAUUAAGUUUGAGAAACCGCAGGAGAUUGUGUACUCCGACUUCUAGAUGUACGAUGUCGAAUUUUAUAAUCACGAUUCUGUCGCGUCGCGAUAACGAAAAAUCGAUUACACAUCCGACUGCCCUGAGGUGUCGACGAUGAAAAUCACUGAGACAUGUUUUUCGCAUCAUUGCAUCUAUUUUCGCCACCGCUCCAGUUUAAACCAACGGGCUCGCCCGAUUAUCUCACCACGAAUAACGCAUACGACGUUGAUGGAAUUAACGGCGCCAUGUAUGCGUCACGUUUGGAGUUUCGUGUUGCUUGGUGUAUCUCUACCUCUUCUACCCCUCACCGAGAUAUUUAGCGUUGUUCAUGCUUUGACGGUGUUAUAUUAUUGCAUUUUACUUUAUUAUUAUGUUAUGCAAAUAAAUGUUGUUUUCCUAAUUCCA